AUGUCGAGAUUGGAUGCAAAAGAAGGCACUGUGACAGGAAGCUACUCCAAAGAAGAACAAAGAAAAAGACAAAGAAAUGUAACUUUCGACAUGGAAAGGGCAACUGAAAAUGAAUCUUCUGCACCUAUUGGGAAGCAAAAAUUAAAAGUAGCAAUCAAAAAGAUGAUAGAUAAUUUAAAUGACGCAAGUUUAUACAAUGAAGAGACAAUAAUGAGGAGAAAGAGACAUUCAGAAGAGCAGGAAUAUGAGGAAAGUAAAGAAGAACAAGAAGACAAGGUUUUGUCCGACCCUAUCGAGGAAACUAAAGCAAAAUCAAGUAUUGAGAAGACAGAAUGUGAAUUACAGGAUGAAUAUAUUGAACCUUAUUAUUUUGAAACUCAAGAAUGGGAAUUAGAGUGCACAGUUGAUGUUUGGAAAAAACUGAGCUGUCGGACAACACCACGUUCUUUCAAAAUAGAUAUUAUUCAAAGGCUUAAAAAACUUGCUCGCGGAGAACUCCUUGGUAGUAUUUGCGAGAAAAUAAAAUUGCAGACUAUAGAUAAAUCAGUAGAGAUAUUCGAAACUGGUCCAAUAUUAUGGGAAAUAGCAAUUUGUUUUUCUCAGAGACUAACUGAAAGUAGUUCUACUUUAAACAACGUCUUGUAUACGGAGCUGAUUAGAAUAUGGGAUAUAUUUACUGAUGAGAAGGGGAAAAGGGAAUCCCUUGAGAGAAUUACAACCUCUUGUCGAAAAGGCGAAGAAUGUUUAAUUGAGAAAUACUUAACUUGUUCUGAAACUCUUGAUUGUAAAUAUGACAAAGGCAGAAGGAUCCCUCGAAGAUUUAUUCGAUAUAGUUCACAGGAAUCAAAACCAAAUACUACAAAAGAGAAAUUACUGCUACCAGCAAGUCAUUUUGCCAAAGAGUAUCAUGUUCUUAAGUUCUAUUUCUUUUCGACUGACAUGGCUGUUUGUGCCCUGGACCCUAGGGAAAAUGCAAAAGAUUUCCCAUUCAAAGUUACAGAGAAAGAACAUGCAAUAAUAAAUUUGUCAUCAGCUGGUCCGCUAUUAUUGAUGGGUAGAAGUGGCACAGGGAAAACGACUUGUUGUCUUUAUCGUCUUUGGAGUCAAUAUGAUCAACAUAACAAAACUGUUAUCGAAUAUGAGGAAAAUCAAGCUGAUGACGAAGAUAAUAGCAAGCAGACUUCCAGUACUGCUCAAAUGUGUGAGAAAGAUCAGGAUAAUGACGUUCGGAAUCCUGUUGAAUAUGGUCUUAUUCGACAGAUAUUUAUUACUAAAAAUCUGGUACUUUGCAACGAAGUCCGGAAAACUUUUUAUGGAAUCCAAAACGCCAGUUCUUUUGAAUCUGGUCGCACUACAAGGGUUGGUAUCACCUUACCAUCAAGAUUUCAAGACCUCCAAAAUGUUCACUUUCCCAUAUUCACAACAUCCAGAAAGCUCUUGCUUAUGAUUGAUGCCUCUUUACCCAACCCGUUCUUUCGUCGGGACGAACAAGGCAAUAUAAAGGCUGAUAUACCUGGCUGGACGAAUGAAAAUGAAUCGCUCGAAUUUCUGGCUUCAAUAGAUGAUGAUUCUGAUAUAGAGUUAGAUGAAAGCAUGAAUGAAGAACAAAAUUAUGACGCUGACAAUAUAGAAGUAAAUAGAAUGAGGAUCUUUUGA